AUGUCUGAUCCCACACUAAGUCUUGAAGAUGCUCAAAGACUGAUAUUGAGCUUGGAAAGACAGCUGGAGGAACUUGGAAGUACUAGUCAUGAGUACGAGCUGGAACUUGAAGGGGUUAUCAAGAAUUUGGAGUCUCAAUUAAACGAGAAAGACGAGAUGCUCGGAGCUGCAAAAGCUUCCAAGAACCUCCGUGAGCAGGUUACUACCUUAGAAAUCAGAACGGAUGAAUUGGAAAGUGAAAACCGGACUUUACGACAUCAAUUGCGACAGAUGGAGAUUGAAAAUGGUAACAUUUUGGAACAGAAUAUUCUUCUCCAGCAUGAACUCAGCGAUUUUCAAGACAGCUUGAAGGGAAGGGAUCAUCUGGCUAAUGGUACUUUCUCACAGACACUUCCGAAGAUAGUGAGUGAAAAUGCGAGAAUCAAAGAGCCUCAGGUAAUGUCCGUGACACCACCCAAGAGAGCUGAAAACCAAAACGUUCUUAAAGUAAGCUCUGACCAUUCAUCCCUUAGAUUGUCCUCAUUGGAAACCAAUACAGACCGGGUGACUUUCGUCAGCAAUAAAAGUGUGGUUUCAACAACUGGGUUUAAAUGA